UCUUUCAAGCCUGCUGAAAGGUAUAAUAUUCAAAGACAAUAUCCGAAUUCCAUAUCUUAUCGCAUAAUAUAAGAAUCCUCUUUUAAAAGAUUAUCUCAAGGGUUCGUGCGUAUCCAUGAAGGCAUGAUGUCUUCAGAUGCCAAAGAACGUCCAUGCCUUUUUAUUCAGAGAAACCCAAAAGAAUCCUCUUUCCAUGCCCAUCAAGAGCUCUCUCGCUCCCCAUAUCCUAGAGCUCUGGUUCUUCGCCUCUCUUCCUACCCUCCGUCUCUUUAAUAAACUCUUCCUGCCCGGGGCAAGAAGCUAACGCGCUGCGGUCGUCUUGAACGAUUUGGGCGGCCAGGAUCUCCUCGUCUCGUGAUCGAACGGAGGAAGCGAGCUGGUCGGCUCCUUCUCGUGAGUACCGAAGAAAAGGUUGAUAGUGCUAGAGGAUUUUGCUCAUGGAGGUCAAUGGCUUACGACAAAUAAAUAGAACAGAACAUGCUAUUCAGGAGUAUCAUGAUGCAAAGUUAGUGAACGAUGUUGGUGAAUUUGACCCUUGGACAGCAUGGGCAUACAAGCCUCGCACAAUUUCCUUGCUGCUUCUUGGUGCAGGUCUUUUAAUUUGGGCAAGUGGAGCACUUGAUCCAGAAAGGACUGCAUCCAACGACACUGUCACAUCCGUGAAGGGGGGUGUCUGGGCAAUGGUUGCAGUAUUUCUCGCAUAUUGCUUGCUUCAAGCACCUUCUACGGUGCUUAUUAGGCCACAUCCUGCUGUUUGGCGCCUGGUUCAUGGAAUGGCUGUUGUCUAUCUUGUUGCCCUUACCUUUUUGCUCUUCCAGAACCGUGAUGAUGCUCGACAGUUCAUGAAGUACCUUCACCCUGAUCUUGGAGAUGAACUACCUGAAAGAUCUUAUGGAUCUGAUUGCCGUAUUUAUGUACCAGAGAAUCCUAAAAGCAGGUUUAACAAUGUUUAUGAAACGCUGUUUGAUGAGUUUGUUCUUGCUCAUAUUUUUGGCUGGUGGGGCAAAGCUAUAAUGAUAAGGAGUCAACCACUAUUGUGGGUUCUGUCAGUUGGGUUUGAAUUAAUGGAGCUCACUUUCCGUCAUAUGCUGCCAAACUUUAAUGAAUGUUGGUGGGAUAGUAUUAUUUUGGAUAUUUUGAUCUGCAAUUGGUUUGGUAUCUGGGCAGGAAUGCAUACUGUUAGGUACUUCGAUGGUAAAACAUAUGAAUGGGUUGGUCUAAGCCGCCAGCCAAAUAUCAUGGGUAAGGUGAAAAGAACAUUGGGCCAGUUCACACCUGCACGGUGGGACAAAGAUGAGUGGCACCCGAUGCUUGGGCCAUGGAGGUUCAUCCAAGUGCUCAGUCUUUGCAUUGCUUUUAUGACGGUGGAGCUUAACACCUUUUUUCUCAAGUUCUGUCUUUGGAUUCCUCCUCGAAAUCCCGUGGUUGUGUAUAGGUUGAUCCUAUGGUGGCUAGUAGCAAUACCAACCAUCCGUGAGUACAAUUCCUAUUUGCAAGACAGAAAACCUGUGAAAAAGGUUGGAGUAUUCUGUUGGCUUUCUCUAGCCAUAUGCAUAGUGGAGCUCCUUAUCUGUAUAAAGUUUGGGCAUGGUCUGUUUCCCAAUCCGAUGCCUCCAUGGUUGAUAAUUUUCUGGGGAUCAAUUGGAAUGGCAUUUGUGAUUUUCCUGCUAGUUUGGUCUUGGAGAAUUCAUCAAACUAGACUGAAAAAGAGGCAAUGAUUUCCAUCGCUUUAAUUUUCUAUUUAUUCUUUUCUCCCUUUUUUGUUUCCUGGAUGCAUACCUUGUAUGUAUGCAUCAUCAAGUUCUGUAAAUGCUUAGGCUCUGCUUAGACUGGAAAUUAAUCCGGCAUGUAUAGUAUCUUUAGAUUUACAUAUUUUACCCUGCUAGAAAUAUCAUUCAAGCCAGAGGUUCGUUUGCUUUUUCACUUAUAUACAAAAGUUGAAUACAGGGCUGGAUACUGAUCAUCUAAUAAAACUAUGAGCUUUUGUCAAGU